AUGGGUAGUGAAAAGCGAGGAGGAGAACCCGGGGAGCUGCGCCUUAAGAUCGAGUGGUACCAUCGGCCCGGCGCACCGAAAGCCCAAGGUGACGCUAAUCCAAACAACCAGCCAAGCAUCCAGGAGCUGAAUCCGAUUAACAACCGGUGUCAGGAGCCGAUCUACGUAUCAAGAGACCAGGACACGAAACCAACGCACAUAUCAAAUACCGAGGACUCCAACCAAACAAACCAGUCAAGCACCCAGGACCCAAGCCAGAUGUUCCAACCAAACACUCAAGAUUCAAAUCCGGUGAACUCAUCAAACAGCCAGGACCCGAAACAGACAUAUCCACCAAACACCCAUUGCCCGAAUAAGAUGUACCCACUAGUAAACACCGAUGACCCAAAUCAGACGUACCCACCAAAUACACAGGACCAGAAUCAUACGUACCAACCAAACACCCAAGACCUGAAUCAGCCGUGCCCAGCAAACACCCGGGACCUGAAUCAGCCGUGCCCGCCAAACACCCGGGACCAGAAUCAGAUGUGCCCACCAAACACCCGGGACCCGAAUCAGAUGUACCAGCCAAACACCUUUGACCUGAAUCAGACUUGCCCGCCAAACACCCGCGAUCUGAAUCACACGUGCCCACCAAACACCCGGGACCAGAAUCAGAUGUACCAGCCAAACGCCCGGAACCAGAAUCAGAUGUGCCCACUAAACACUCAGGACCCGAAUCAAAUGUACCAGCCAAACACAUUUGACCAGAAUCAGAUGUGCACACUUAACACCCAGGAACCGAAUCAGAUAUACGAACCAAACACCCGGGACAAGAAUCAGAUGUGCCCACCAAACACCCGGGACCCGAAUCAGAUGUGCCCACCAAACACCCAGAACCCGAAUCAGACGUGCCCACCAAACACCCGGGACGAGAAUAAGAUGUGCCCACCAAACACCCAGGACCCGAAUCAAAUGUACCAGCCAAACACCUUUGACCAGAAUCAUAUGUGCCCACUAAACACCCAGGAACCGAAUCAGAUAUACCAACCAAACACUCAAGAUUCAAAUCCGGUAUACCCGCAAAACACUCAGCACCCGAAUCCUAUAUACUCUUCAAACACCCAAAACUCGAAUCAAAUGGAAACACCAAAAUCCCAGGAUUCAAAUCCAAUGUACGCAGCAAACACCAUUGACCAGAAUCAGCCGUACCCACCAAACACCCGGGACGAGAAUCAGAUGUGCCCACCAAACACCCGGGACAAGAAUCAGAUGUGCCCACCUAACACCCGGGACGAGAAUCAGAUGUGCCCACCAAACACCCGAGACCCGAAUCAGACGUGCCCACCAAACAACCAGGACCCGAAUCAGACGUGCCCACCAAACACCCGGGACGAGAAUCAGUUGUGUCCACCAAACACCCGGGACCCGAAUCAGAUGUGCCUACCAGACACCCGGGACCCGAAUCAGAUGUGCCUACCAGACACCCGGGACCCGAAUCAGAUGUGCCCACCAAACACCCGGGACCAGAAUCAGCCGUGCCCACCAAAUAUCCGGGACCAGAAUCAGAUGUGCCCAUCAAACACCCGGGACCAGAAUCCGACGUGCCAAUCAAACAACCAUGACUUGAAGCUAAAGUGCGUAUCAAACGCCUUGGACCCGAAUCCGAUGUAUAUUUCAAGCAAUCAGGAUCCAAAUUCGACAUCUCCACCAGAUGCUCAGGACAUCUGCAUUCAGCAAUCAUUAUUCACGUCUAAAGACGAUGACAACACAUCUGGCAACGAAUACAAAAAUAUACCAACACCUUGUGACCCAACUUAUGCAAAUAGCGAUGUUGAUAUUGAACCAUACGCUGUUGCAUACACGUGUCAAGAUGGCAUGGCGUCGGGUAACGCUGAGACAGGUUCCAAGGCUUAA